AACAUAUUUAUUCGUGAGUGAGUUGAUUGGGCUGGAUCCCGGCAAAGAGCAUCCUCUACCUUGGCGACCCCCCACGUGUCAGGCAUCCAAGGCUUUUACGUGGAAGUACAUACCACCAGAGUUGAUAAAAGCUACCACUGGCUACAACUUGCCCGACCUGAGUCUUACCUCAUUCCUCACUGGACUCGUUCAAGAUGCCGAGGUCCCCGAAAUCGGUCAACGUAUCUUAACGGCCUUGAACUCUAAAGUAGCAGCGCCUUGGGUGUUAUCGAUGCUGGCUUCGUUGUACUGGCGGGUUGUUGGGAAGCCUCGUAACGCACUAGAUUGUCUUCAACUAGCGCUCGAUACCGUGCCCAACAAAUUCAAGGAUGUACCGCUGAUUAGCAUUGCCUCAAUCAGUCACAAAUUUAGUGUGAUUGACAAUGCACUGUUUGUCACCGAAGAAGCCUUUAGGAUUAAUCCUGUUGAAUUUCUAAUAUUUAGAAAUACAAAUAGAACAUAUUUAUUCGUGAGUGAGUUGAUUGGGCUGGAUCCCGGCAAAGAGCAUCCUCUACCUUGGCGACCCCCCACGUGUCAGGCAUCCAAGGCUUUUACGUGGAAGUACAUACCACCAGAGUUGAUAAAAGCUACCACUGGCUACAACUUGCCCGACCUGAGUCUUACCUCAUUCCUCACUGGACUCGUUCAAGAUGCCGAGGUCCCCGAAAUCGGUCAACGUAUCUUAACGGCCUUGAACUCUAAAGUAGCAGCGCCUUGGGUGUUAUCGAUGCUGGCUUCGUUGUACUGGCGGGUUGUUGGGAAGCCUCGUAACGCACUAGAUUGUCUUCAACUAGCGCUCGAUACCGUGCCCAACAAAUUCAAGGAUGUACCGCUGAUUAGCAUUGCCUCAAUCAGUCACAAAUUUAGUGUGAUUGACAAUGCACUGUUUGUCACCGAAGAAGCCUUUAGGAUUAAUCCUGUUGAACUCAGUGAACAACUCAAUUUACGAAUCAAUAUUCAUUUAAGUAUGCUUGAAUUACCACCCGACACUCCAAAGUAUCGACAUCUUGCCAAUAGAGAUGCAUACAUAACAGGAUUUGGUGUGGAUCUUGUACUGAAGACGCCUGAUCCUGCUACCAUUUUCAGCAAUAGUUUCUGCAAGGAAUUGGGCACAGCAUACAACGAGGACCACCACAUAUGUGCGCGAAUUCAGCAAUUGUCAUCGAUACCGGAAAUUGCGCCAAGUGGCGUCUGUAGAGGCGAUAGUGGAGGUCCAUUGGUUUUGCAGAAUGAAUAUCUCAUCGGCAUAUUAUCAACCACUAUUCAAGAUUGUAGCGAGUUACGUUGCGGCAGUAUUUAUACGUCCACCCUCAAGUACAGAAAAUUUUUUGCGAAAGCUUUAGCUGACGAUUGUGACA